GAAAAUCAUACGAUCUUUGCCUUUUUAAUGUAAAAACAAAUAUCAACUAUGCCACCAGUAAAACCACCAAGACUUUCAUUGUAUGUAAGAGAACGAAUAAUCAGUUUGCGGAGAGGGGGACAAUCUCUACGCAAAAUUAGACAAACUUUGAUUGACAGUGAAAAUAUUCAGGUGUCCGUUAAUGCUAUUUGUGCAUUUUUAAAACGAUAUCGACAGAGUGGUUCGUUAAAAGACAUUCCAAAGAUCGCAAGCAAGCCACCGAUUCUGAAAAGAAAUCAUUUAAUUUUUAUUGACCAGACAAUUCGUCAAGAUAGGGAAAUUUCUGCCCAGGAAGUAGCUGUUAGUUUACGGCGACGUUUCCAACUUGGAGUCAGUUCAACCACCGUUAAAAGGGCAAGACGGCGUCUAGGAUGGAAGCAUUCUCCAACUCAAUACUGCCAGAUGAUAAGGGACGACAACAAGCCGAAACGACUGAACUUUGCAUUGAGAUGCAUCGCUACAAAUGAAAAUUUCGAUAAUGCAAUCUUCACAGAUGAAACAACAGUAAAAAUUCAGACAUCCACAAAAUACAGUUUUCGCAAAGACGAUGAACGAGUUCCAGCAAAGGGCAAACCAAAGCAUCCCUAUCAGGUUCAUGUUUGGGGAGGAAUCUCCCGUCGAGGUGCCACUGGACUAUUUAUAUUUACUGGGAUAAUGGAUAGUAUAUUUUAUCAGCAGAUUCUUCAACAGACUUUCAUUCCGUUUAUCCAAACAACUUUUCCAGACAACCACCGCCUUAUCCAAGAUAAUGAUCCAAAUAAAAUUGAGAAUGGAAAUGGGGAAUGUGUCAAAGAGACAACAACCCGACCACAGAACAGACAACAGCAGAAGGCCACCAACAGGUCUUCAAUGCAGCGAGAAAUUCCCUCACCCGGAGGCGUCCUUCAGCUGGCCCCUAAACAAAUAUAUAUACUAGUUCAGUGAUAAUGAACGCCAUACUAAACUCCAAAUUGUACACAAGAAACUCAAAUUAAAAAUAAUACAAGACUUACAAAGGCUAGAGGCUCCUGACUUGGGACAGGCGCAAAAAUGCGGCGGGGUUAAACA